AUGGACCCAUCUCCUAUACAUCAUGGUCCCGAUGCAUUCUCCAAGACAUUGGAUGCAACUCCACGACAACGCAGUUUAGCAAAUUCUUCUCCGACUACUAAUUCUAAAGAUGGAUCUGUCAAUCGACUCUCGCGUGCAUUUCAAACCAAUAUUCAUCCAUCUACCAACACAUUACAAACACUCGUCAAACCAGGCCUUCCACCAAAACCUCCGUCUUUACGGCUUACAAACGAUCGUCCUCAUUCGUCUAAUUCCAGCCAAGGAGGCAUUCAGGUCACUAGCAAUUAUCCCCCUACACCAACCCCAACAACUGAUUCAACCAAGAAUGAGAAAGAUGAGGAGGAACAAGCACCACUCGCAUUUAAAGAUAUUCGUGCUAGAUUUCAACAAAAACAGCCAACAGUACCAGAGAUUCAUAAAAAGGUUCAACUUGUACCGACGAUUUCAAAUGUCUCGGCACCACCAAAAGUCCUUCCAAAACCUCGCCUAUCCGUAACUCGCCCAACAGAAGAGGUACCUAGUCCACGAUCAAGCCAUCUACCACAAAAGGGAUCAUUUACGCUAGAACUCGCCCAAUGUCUUGAGCAGCCUACCCCACGUCCAGUAGUCCCUACCUCUCCCCACUCUUCGAACCCCAAGCCACGUGUAAUCUCCAGACCCCCCGACCUCCCUCUUGGACGCAACAAAGUCCUUCCUAGACGCACUUCCAAUCCAGCAAUCAAAUCAAACAUUAUUCAUGCAACGCCAAUAUCUCUUGUGGCCCGUUCGCUAACAGGGAAUAGCGCUACUUCUACAUCUACAACCUCUUCUACCCCAGGAUCACCUUCUAGAAGAGCUUGGAAUCAUGGAGUAUCUAUUGCUAGUUGGUUUGCCAAUAGUACCCACAAUGAAGACACUUCACUCAAAGACUCUAUAUCAAUAAUCAGAGAAACGCCAAUCAACUCCCAUUCUACUCCCCCUCCUUCUUCGGGAGGCUCCUUUGCGGGCUCUUUACCGAUAUCACCCCAGCUUUCUGGAAAAGAUGAUGGAAUGUCCAAAGCCCUCAAGAGGUCCAAGGUUGUCCAUGAACUUAUCCAGACUGAACGCAUCUAUCAAGCAGACAUGCAACUUCUCAAACAGACAUUCUAUGAUCAAGCGCAGCCACCAUUAUUUGAUAAAAAUGAUGUCAAGAUCCUGUUUUCAAAUCUUUUGGCAAUUCUUACAUUCGAAUCAAAUUUUGUGACAAAAUUGGAAGAAGCCUGUCGUCCCGAGAAUGACCUACCUACAGAGUCAAAUGAUGGUGGGCUUAACACAUCUUCAAAUACUCCCACAAUCGGUGCAGUGUUUAAUGAUAUGAUGACAAGCAUAGACGAUAUAUAUUGUGAUUAUUGCAAACGGCAUGAAGAUGCAGUAAUCAAAUUACAAGAACUUGAAACAAAGCCCGAAAUUCAAGCCUUUUUUGCUGCAAAGAGAAAGAGAAAGAAUGCUUUUACUAUUAUUCUUAUUAAGUAUUCGACUAAUAGAUGCAGAGAACAACUCGAAGGGAAAACUAUGAGUUGGGAUCUUGGUAGUCUGUUAAUCAAACCUGUUCAACGCGUACUUAAAUACCCACUAUUAUUAAAGGAACUGAUGAUAUUAACACCUCAAAAUGAUCCUGAAUACGAGGAUUUGGCUAUUGCUACAAAAGGAAUACAAGAAGUAGCUGAUCAUAUUAAUGAGAUCAAGCGACGAAAGGACAUUGUGGAAAAAAUCGUCGGAGAUAAAAAGAAGACAGAUAUCAGUGUUGUACAUGGCUUCAACAAAAAAAUUACACGAAAUGCGCAGAAACUCAAGCAGGUGGCCGGUUUCUCUGCUGAGCCUACACAGGACGCCUUUUUUGACAGCCUUCACAUGAAGUUUGAGCAUCAACAAGAGGUCACUCGUCAAUUAGCAAGAGAUGUUCAGAGUUGGGUUCGUCAAGUCAAGGACCACUUUGAUCAUCUCCAGAUUUUCUCAGCUAGCAUGGAAAACCUGUACAUAUCCUGGGGCGGUGUUCGUGUUCGGAGUGUAGAGUGUAUCAAACGCUUCCACAGCCUUGUCUCGAAUUUCUCUAUGGUUAUGUCCCGAGAUUUGGAUGUAAUGGUGCGUGGGCAUGUAUAUGUUGUAGUUGAUGAUUUUCUCAAAACAUUCGAAAACCCUGCUCAAGUGAUCAACAAACGAGCUCAGAAACUAUUAGAUUAUGAUCGAGCACGAGAUAUAAAGUCGAGAGGGGACACUGUCGACAAAACUCUUCAAGAAUCAGCUGACGCAUAUGUAUCAAUUAACGCCCAGCUUGUGGAAGAGCUGCCGGAAUUCUUUCGCUUGACGAUGAUUUAUUUUGAUAUAUUGGUCGGGAACCUGGCAAUGGUUCAGACAGAAUUUAACAAACGGCUCAGUCGGGAGUGGGCUAAACUGGUAGAAGGAGGGAAUAUAGGCACCAGCGAUAGUAUUCUUAGACAGUACGCGAUAUCUAUGGAAGAAACUUUGGUGUUGCUGAACAAUAUUUCACCUUUGAACAAAGAGCAAUGGGAGUCAGUUCCUGGUGCAAUUCCGGGCGAAUUCGAGUCCAGUAUCUCGCUAAACUCACGGUCAGAUUCUCACGCGACAGGGAGCUCUAUAGAUACACCGAUUAGUGAACGAUCCACAGAUUUAUACUUUGACAGAAGGACCCAGCCAAAAGAAUGCAAGUGA